AUGCACCGGAAUCUUGAGCGUUCGGGAGGAUCGUUGUGCAGUGUCCACGGCCUCGAAGGCUCUCCUUGGACAAAGACGACGUGGGCAAUCUCUAGAUCUUCUCGCGAAGUCUAGAGAUCAAUGAAAUGGGUCGCUGAGUCGUCUCCGGUGGCUGUCACCCGACGGAGAGGAGCUGGAUGGAGGUGGGGCGCGUGUCAGGGAGCUUCAUCCUCAGGUCCGCGCAGCAAGAGGAGGCUCUUCAUCGCAUCUGGUACGCUCUCAGGAGGUGGCGACUCGUCUCCCGGCGGAUCGUCCUCUUCCCGACGACGGCUUGUUCGUCGAUCAAUCGGAGAUGA